GAGCGCAUAUUCGUCACGAUUCGUAAAAGCAAGUGCAAUGAGCGCCAGAAAUUGACAGUACUGAUAACAGCACCACAGCGGCAACGACAAACUCCAGAAAACACGCCAGCUCCUCGCAAAUUCAUUGAAGUACCUGAAGAUAUGAGCUUCAAUGUGGUGUUACGGUGGUCCAUCGUUCUUUGA